GAGAGUGCUUGGAGGAGGCGGGACCUUUUGGAAAAAAUAGUCACGCAGAUUCACGCGAUAGUUCCUGUGCUAUAUAUUGGUAGCUGCCCACAGUGCCGGCCUCUUUCAAGCGAACGGGAGACACUAUGUCCCACCGUAAGUUUUCGGCUCCGCGACACGGAUCGCUGGGCUUCCUGCCCCGCAAAAGGAGUCGCCGUCACCGCGGUAAGGCCAAGAGCUUCCCCAAGGAUGACCCCAGCAAGCCGGUGCACCUGACCGCCUUCCUGGGCUACAAGGCCGGCAUGACCCACAUCGUCCGGGAGGUGGACCGACCAGGCUCAAAGGUGAACAAGAAAGAAGUGGUGGAGGCGGUGACCAUCGUGGAGACGCCCCCCAUGGUGGUGGUCGGCGUGGUGGGCUACGUCAGCACCCCCCGCGGCCUGCGCUCCUUCAAGACCAUCUUCUCUGAGCACAUGAGCGACGAGUGCAAGCGCCGCUUCUACAGGAACUGGUACAAAUCCAAGAAGAAGGCCUUCACCAAGUACUGCAAGAAGUGGCAGGAUGAGGAGGGCAAGAAGCAGCUGGAGAAGGACUUCUCUGCCAUGAAGAAGUACUGCCAGGUCAUCAGGGUCAUCGCUCACACACAGAUGCGUCUGCUGCCUCUCAGGCAGAAGAAGUCCCACCUGAUGGAGGUGCAGCUCAACGGAGGCACCAUCUCUGACAAGGUGGACUGGGCCCGCGAGAAGCUGGAGCAGCAGGUCGCCGUCAGCGCCGUCUUCAGCCAGGACGAGAUGAUCGACGUGAUCGGUGUCACCAAGGGUCACGGCUACAAGGGCGUCACCAGCCGCUGGCACACCAAGAAGCUUCCCCGUAAAACCCACCGUGGUCUGCGUAAGGUGGCCUGCAUCGGCGCCUGGCAUCCGGCCCGCGUGGCGUUCUCAGUGGCCCGCGCCGGCCAGAAGGGCUACCACCACCGCACCGAGAUCAACAAGAAGAUCUACAAGAUCGGCCAGGGCUACCACACCAAGGACGGCAAGGUGGUGAAGAACAACGCCUCCACCGAGUACGACCUGACCAGCAAGAGCAUCAACCCCCUGGGCGGCUUCGUCCACUACGGAGAGGUGACCAACGACUUCGUCAUGGUGAAGGGCUGCGUGGUGGGAACCAAGAAGAGGGUGCUGACUCUGCGCAAGUCCCUCCUGGUGCAGACCAGCCGCCGCGCUCUGGAGAAGAUCGACCUGAAGUUCAUCGACACCACCUCCAAGUUUGGCCACGGCCGCUUCCAGACGGUGGAGGAGAAGAAGGCCUUCAUGGGACCCCUCAAGAAGGACCGCAUCGCCAAGGAGGAGACGGUCUAGGCUCUGCUGCUGUCCUGCAGAGUUGUUUAAUAAAAACUGCUAAAAUCA